AUUUAUUCAACCACAGUUACUGACUAUAGGUUCAAAUCAUGGCCCCAACACUUGCACUCGCCCUCUUAUCGCUCGUAUCUUUCGUGGUAGUGCGAUCCUUGCAAAAGAAGAGAGACACUAAAGGGCUUCCUUUACCCCCAGGUCCUCCACCUCUCCCUUUUGUCGGCAAUGUGCUUGGAGUUGACCCAGAUCAUCCAUGGCUGGCAUACUCAAAAUGGGGAACUGAAUAUGGAGAACUCGUUUACUCUCGACUCUUCAGUCAGGAUAUUAUAAUUAUCAACUCUGAACGAGUUGCGCAUGACUUGCUCGACCGUCGUUCACAUAAUUAUUCCACGAGACCUCCAGGGCUCAUGCGCGUUCUUGACUUUUUUGGUGUCGAGUUCUCCUCUAUUUUCCUACCUUACUCGGACAGAUGGAGACUUCACAGGCGAAUCUUCCAUCAGGCAUUCCGUUUAGAAGCAGCGCCAUCCUUCCGUCCGAUCCAAAUGCGCAACGCACACAAUCUGAUAUUAAACUUACUGGCCUAUCCGGAGGUCUAUGGAACCCAUUUCCACACCUUCAGCACGUCUGUCAUCAUGUCGAUCACGUAUGAUUAUUCUACAGCAGCCCUCGAUGAUCCUUUUAUUGCGCUCGUUGAGCGUUCGCUUGAGAUAUCUGUAAGAGAACUCAGGCCUGAGGUCGCCGCUGUUGUAGGAGAGUUCCCGAUAUUGGAAAAACUUCCUUCCUGGCUCCCUGGAGCGAGCUUUGUAAGGGGUGCUAUACUUCAGAGAUCCCUUGUUCCCCUGAUUGUGGAGACGCCCUUUGAAGAUGUGAAGAAGAACAUGGCUGCGGGGACGGCUGCAUCGUCCAUGGUGUCGGAUGCAUUGAAUCGUAUACCAGAUCAAGCAAAAGAUGAAGAAGAGGUCGCUAUUCUCGAGAAAGCGAUUAAGGAAGCCAGUGCAUCUGGUUAUGCUGCCGCCUCAGAAACUACAACCUCCACUCUAUACGUCUUCCUGCUCGCGAUGGUUCUAUAUCCUGACGUACAAGCACGUGCGCAAGCCGAGAUUGAUUCCGUCAUUGGGGAAACCCUCGAAAGAUUACCCGACUGGGAUGACCGCGCUUCUAUGCCCUACAUCAAUGCCGUUAUACAGGAGACGCUGAGGUGGUUCCCUGUUGUUCCUCUGGGAAUUGCCCAUGCCACGUCAAAUGACGACGUCUACGAAGGCUACUAUAUUCCAAAAGGGGCCACCGUAAUGGCUAACACAUGGUCUAUGGCGCGCAAUCCAGAGAAAUAUCCUAACCCGACGAGGUUCAUACCCGAGCGUCACAUGUCAAAAGCAGCCUCCGAAGAGUCGUCAACGAAUCGCCGUGAUGACAUUUCCUUUGCUUUUGGAUUCGGAAGGCGUGUUUGUGUUGGACGAUAUGUUGCGGAUGCUUCCUUAUUCGCUUCAAUUGUGAAUAUUCUAGCUGUUUUCCGGGUGGAACGGGUACCAGGAUGGAAUGUCGGGCCUGAUGCUGAAGGAGUGGAAUGGAGUGGAGGCAUAACGACACACCCUGUAUUCCCAUGCACAUUUAUUCCUCGCCACGCGAAGGAAAAGGUAUCACAGUUGAUGAAAGCACAAUCCUGAGGGCUGUGCGUAUGACCUAGACCAUGGGUCUGGGGUGAAAUCAUGUAUUACCAUAUUUUUACGAUGUUUUUACGAUGUCAUUCACGCUUGUAAUUCUAUCUGGACGAUUAAAGUUGUCAUUCGGCU